UUGACGACUAAAAUUAUAACUAUGCCAGGGAAUUCUGAUAUAGCGAACGAAGAAAUAAACAAGUUUAUUAGUGAUGUACAACAGGGAAAAGUAUGGGGUUCCUAUGACAUAGCAUUUAACACAGUCAACUUGCUGAAGAAGGUCAUUGGCCAUGGAAACUGGCAAACUGCUCAAGAUCUUGUGGCACUAGUCAGUGCAGAAGGCAGAAAGCUAACAAAGGCACUUCCACUGCAGGCAUCAGUAGGCAACAUGGUCAGGCGGGUUCUCAAGAUAAUCCGGGAGGAAUAUGUAGCCACUCAGCAGGUAGGACAAGCCAUAAUGGUCACUGGAAUUGGUUUUCACAAAGUUUAUUUACCUCAUUACUGCCUUUGCAGCUCCCCAUACCUCUUGUGUCAUGUCAUGCAUUUUUUUCAUAGUAAAAGUUACUGGUACUAACAAAAUGGAAGUUAAUUGCCGAUCUUAUAUCGUUGCAUUUGGGGAUAUAUGAACAAAAUAGAAAUUUAAACCGUCCAGGUCCAUUAAACAGACUGUUCCAGACUGUUAAUUGUAAAAUAUUAAAUCUGUUGCCAAAACAGAUUUGGUGUGCAAAGCCACAAGAAUACAUCAUGUGUGCCUGUUUUCCAUUAUUUAAAAAG